AUGGAAAACCUGUCGCCCACCGGAACAUCUAUGGUGCUACUGUGGAGUCUAUUCCACUGUCUGCCAGCUGCAUUUGCACUGACAGGUGGUUGGGUAGAGACUGACCCUACCAGGGUGACACCAGACGAAUGGACGAGCGAAGACGGCGUCCGCCAUCUUGCCGGCUACGUCCUGGACUCCAACCUGAGAACCGGCUGGAUGCGCGCGGCUCAAGAGCACACCUGGCGACUCACAUUUGACCUGCAGGCGCCCACAACACUCUCCCGCAUCCGCAUGUGGUAUUACCACAAACGAGACGUAACAGUCUUACGUGCUAUGUCGUUGGGCCAACGGUUUGAGGCUGUGAAACAUUUCCUUGCUUCAGACCUUCCUGGACUAGAAACAGAAGAAGUUGAAGACUUAGAAGCCGUGAACAUAGACAACCGAGAACAAGUUGAAGAAACAGGGGGAGAAGUACGUCUGAAUGAAGUUGAUCUUAGCGGGUUCCUAGCUACAGGACAGAUUUGGCAACUACAAUUUACCUUUCCGCAAACUUUCGAAGUCAUUGAAGUGAAGUUUUUUCAAGAUAAAGAAAUUUGUCCGAAUGGGGCCGCCAUCAACAAGACACAGGUGUGCGAUGGUACAGACGACUGUGGAGACAACACAGACGAACAGCACUGCUGCGAGAGAGAAAACAAGAUGGCCUGCGACAAUGGACAAUGCCUGGAUUUGCAGAAGGAAUGUAACGGUACCGAUAGUGAAGCACGUGUUCCCUGCGGUGACCAUACACGGCGCUAUUCCAGAUGUGACGGGAUAGAAGAUUGUAGCGACGGCAGCGAUGAGUCUUGUGUUCCUGCUGUCUGUGACAAUGGUGCCCUGUUCCACCCGGCUACACGAUGUAACGGCAGAGAUGACUGUGGAGACAACAGUGAUGAACAGAACUGUGACUGUUACUACCUACAGGACAAAGGGGCAAGCUACAGGGGCCGUGCAAACCGAGACUACUCCUGUCAGUUCUGGACAUCUCAGUACCCCCACGCCCAUAACCACACUCCCGAGGCCUACCCGUCAGCAGGGCUGGAGUGGAACUACUGUAGGAACCCGGACGGGAAGGACGGGCCGUGGUGCUACACCAAGAACCCGCUCAUCAGGUGGAGGUACUGCGACGAUGUCUUCGCCUGCGACGCCUUACCAACACGUUGCUUCUACACAGUUGACAAGGGAAGAAGCUACGCAGGGCACGUAAAUAGGGCAGGAGGCCGGCUAUGUCAGAGAUGGGACUCCCAGUCGCCCCACAGCCAUCCCCACACACCACAGGCUCAUCCUGAUGCGGGGCUGGAGGAAAACUUCUGCCGUAACCCUGACAACAAGGCCCGGCCCUGGUGCUACACCACGGACCCGACACUGAGGUGGGACUUCUGCAGCGUGAUGGAAUGUGCCGACCCUACAUCCUUGGACUUCGUCGGACAAGAGUGCAAGGGAGGAUACACCUGUAGCAAGCAGAUACGAGAGAAGCUUUGUUCUUGUGACGACGAAUGCAGCUUUUUCAGAGAAUGCUGUGAAGACGUCGCAGAAGACAGCUUCACUCGACCAAUCACUGACGAUUACCAUCUGUGGCAGUGUGUGGCUGGCUUCAUCGACAAGCCUUCCUAUUGGUUGGUUGCUAACUGCCCUGACCAAUGGACGGACGAUGUCACAAGGGAUCAGUGUUUAAAACAAGUAGACCCCUUCCUCCCCAACACCUGCCGGCAAUCUUCGUCCGCUAGAACUCAUGGCCCAAACAACGAAACCAUUCCCUUACAGAACUGCAGCAAACCCGCUUUGACUUUCACGUCCGAAGAGUUCCAGGUCCUCCCCAAUGGUAGUGUCCACCUGUUGAGUUCUAACUUGACCUGCCCGGCUGAGGAAGUGGUCAUUAUGAACACAACAGCUUCAAUCUGUGGGGAGUGUGUAUUGCAGCACUUCUCGAACCACUCACGCAAUGGGGAGACAAUCAACAGUUGGGAGGCUAACCAGGGAUGGUUGACGUUGGGUCUUGUGAUAGUGUCUACCGUAGCAGUGUUGGGUUUCGUGAUUCACACUGUCAGGUCCGGACAGUGGAAGAAAGUCCCGGAAAAGCUGAAGGUUCAGAUGACAACAUGCAUGGCAUCUGCUGAAGUCAUGUUUGUGCUACGCGUUCUUGUCCCUCCCGGACCGGCCUGUACAGUGUUUGCAAUUCUUCUGCAUUACCUUCUGCUGACGGCCUUCACAUCCAUGAACGCGCUAUCCAUGGAUCUCUUUCUUACCUUUCGUGACGACUUAGACAGAGCGAAAUUGUACAAGUACGUCUUGUACACCUGGCUGGUUCCGGUGCUGGUAGUCGUUGUCACAGUGAUUGUGGAAUUCGGUAGCUCUGUGAGGGUGGGGUACGGAGAGAGCUGUUGGAUCGGCAAUCCGAUGGGCAGUCUGGUAGCGUUUGGAGUCCCUGUCUUCUGUGCUCUUCUGGUCAAUGUAGUCUUGGUCACGUCUGCCUUAGUGGCCAUACGGAAGUCAUUUGAGAUAGCCAACGCGGCUAUGUCGCGCUCACAGAGCAGCAAGGCCUGGGUCUACUUGCGUAUCUCUUUCCUGAUGGGGUUGACCUGGAUUCUAGGCUUCAUCUACCCGUACGUCAACAGCAGAGUUGUGGAGUACAUCUUCAUCGUUCUGAAUGCUUCUCAGGGCCUUCUGAUGACAGUGACGAUGACUAUGACGGGGGAUGUGUUGGAGAAAUGGAAGUCUGCCAUCAGGGCACGCUUAGGUCUGGGUGAGCCUCAACAGGACAAUGGUGCAACCGCCACUACCGCUACAAGGGGAACUCAAGCGACGGCAGGGUCUGCUACAGAGAUACCCACAGCAACUCUGACCGAUGUGGAGGAGAACAAGGCACUCCUUCCUCUGACUAAACCUCGUCAGGAUAAUGAAACAACCGCCACUGUCAGUAACCGACAGACCACCACAAGCGGAACCGAGGUGACGGCAGCUGAGACAGGGUCUGCUACAGAAAUACCCACGGUAACUUUGACCGAUGUGGAGGAAAACAAUUGCAAGGCACGCCUUCCUCUGACUAAACCUCGCCAGGACAAUGAAGAAACCGCCACUACCAGUAACCAGCAGACCACCGCAGGCGGAACCGAGGUGACGGCAGCUGAGACAGGGUCUACUACAGAGAUACCCACGGCAACUUUGACCGACGUGGAGGAGAACAGGGUACACCCUCCUCCGCCUGAACUAUGUCAGGACGAUGAAACAACCACUACUGCCAGUAACCGGCAGACCACCACAGGUAAAACUGAGGCAACGGAAGGAGGAACCGACUCUUCUACAGAAAUGCCGAAGACAACCUUACACUGCUACAGAAGGCGCACUCCUGGUGUGCUAGUACAGUACAGAUGGGCGAUCAACCACAGCCAGUUCGGGCCCCUCGAGCUCCCGGGGGACCCGGCAACCGCCCCCAAACCGGCGGGUCGCCGGCCCCUGUCCCUCCCGUUCGUUCAAGGAGCACACGCGGAGGUGUCGACCGUGGCAACGGUUCUUCUGACAACAGGAAAGAAGGGUACGAAGAUGCAGAAGCGGUGA